CAUCAUACCCAUGAUGCAGCGCGGCUCAGUCCGGGCGCCAUGAUUCUCGUGCAGAUGUUUUCAGAGCUCAGACUGAGGAGAUUUGACGCUAAGCUAACGGCCUGAAGCUCUGCACUUAAACUAGUUUCAAUGCACUCAUCGACGUUAUAGAGAUACCAGAGUCUCCAAGAUAACGUACAGUCUUGGGUUAUGGCGACCAAUGCCGGGGAUGAUGAGUUUGAUGAAUAUAAGCCUGGUGCUGAGAGGUCAAGAAGACGGAGAGGAGAAGAUGACGACUUGGAAAGUGAUUUGGAGGAGGGAGACUUACUUGAAGAAGAUUGGCUGUCAUCAAAAAAGAACCCGUCAGAGAUGUCAGAUGAGGAGCUAAACGAUGACCUCUUACAAAGUGAUGAAGAGGACCAAAACACAAGUGGUCAGGGUGAGGUUGUGAGUUUAAAUGCCACACUGGGUCUGGGCACGUCUGGUCACCUUCAAGAUGAAGACCCUGUUGGAGGUGGAUAUACCGAAUACUCCUAUGAGGAGACAGAGGGCGGCCAACCGGGUUUCUCUCAGGGUGGGGAGUAUGAGGGAGAAGAUGAAGGGGUGGAAUACACAGGAGACCAGAACUGUGUAGAAUAUCAAGAUGAAGUGCUGGAACUACAGAUCGACGAGCCACUGGAUGAUGAUUUUCAAGUGGAUGAUUACCCGACUGAGUAUAGUGAAGAGCAGACUGACCGACAGGAAGUGCCUGAGGAGGAGGAGCAUGAGGAGGAAACUGAGGAGCAGGACAGCUCUCAGGUCACAGAAUUAGAGGAGGUGGAGAAUGAAAACGAUCCAGAAGCUGAGGCCGAACUGGACGCCGAUGUGAAGGAGGAGUCUGAUGAGGAAGAGGAAGAUAUUGAAGAAUCUGGCCGUCUGCGAUUUAAGACAGAGCGCAAAGAUGACACAGUGGUCAGACUGUCCGAUGCCACCAGUAAAAGGAGGAACAUCCCAGACACAUUAGAGCUCUCUGAUGCAGCUAAAGCAGACCUGCGUGAGUUUGAGGAAAGGGAACGUCAGAGGAAGCAGGGCCGUUUUGGAGGACGAGGGCGAGGAGCAGAUGGAGGGAGGGGAGGAAUGGCAGGUAGAGGUGGGGUCAGGGGAAGGGGAGGAGCAGGAGGACGAGGAGCCGGUGGAAGAGGCGACUUCCCUCUAUUUGGAAUGGGAGGUUUCCGUGGUGAUGGAGUUGGAAGUCGAGGGAGAAUAAAUGAGCAAAGGCCUCCGCUGAUGCAAGUGAACUUAGGAAUGCAGCAGCAGCUCAGAAUGACUCCUCCGCUUCAGCAUCACCACCAUCAGUCUCGUCUGCUUGGUCCGAGAGGCAGUGGAGGUUCCGGGCUAUUCCCGGAUCCGGGCACCCCAAUUCCUCAGCAGCCGCUGCAGCUGAUGACGCCUCGUCUGGCCCACCAUUCCCCGGGGCCCAGAGCACAACACGACACACAUGUACCACGCUUGUUGAACUCGCCGCCGCGGCACUCACGCGCACAUCCCAACCAACACCAGCAGCAUCAACAGCAUCACCCCAAGAACAUUCACAUCAACCCUCACUUCAGAGGGCCCUCCUCCUCACCUGUGCAAGUUCCCUCAAUGCCUCCUGUGCAGAACCAACCGAGGCCUAACAUCGCUUCACAGAGACUCCCGGCUCCUCCUGAUUUCCAGCAGCAUCUUCAAGGGAAUUUUGGCCCACCUCAGCGGCCUCUACCCCCCCAGGAUCAAUGGAGAGGACCACCACCACAUCAUCAGGAUCCAGAGCACUUCUUCCCUGGUGAACCACGUUUUUCAGGCCAGCACAUGUUUGACCAGCCAGGCCCUGCCCCCCUCAUGAAUAACAGUGUUCUUCCAAUAUCGGGCCAAGGCCCUCCAUCUUUCCCCCCGCAAGGGGGGCUCGGGAGUCCUGGAUUUGGUUCUCUGGGGCUCAGGCAGAACCAAGUGCCUCUGGGAGGAGGUAUUUUCCAGAGAGAGCCCCCUCGGCCAGGUCUGGCCCCACAGCAUGGAGGCCCUCAAGGCCCCCCUGGUCCCCGUGGCUUUGUGGGUCACAGACAGCCCUUCUCGCCCCAACAGCAGGGACCCCCCUUUAGCCCUCAGCACAUGUCGUUCGGUAUGCAGGUACGCCAGAGAGGUCUAAUGCAGCAGCCUCUCCACCAUGAUCUGCCACUAUCCCAUCAACCCUUGCACCAGCAACAUAGACAGGACUUGCCCCCCCAGGGUCUGCCUCACUCCCAGCCUCCACCCCAACACCAACAGCACCACCAACACCACCCAAGGGACCAACAUCCCAUGGUGCACCUCUCCCAGCCCCACUUCCGCCAGUCGAUUCAAAGUGGCCACAGACAGAUGCAGUCCCGACCGCAAGGCAACCAGCAGCGAAACAACCAUGCCAGACCCAAAAUGACGUCUCCUUCUCCACUGCAGCAGAUUCCUCCUCAACGCAACAGCAAUCUCCGUGAGCUGCCCAUCGCCUCAAACAACAAUAAUAACCGCCCGCCAGUGCCUAGUGGGCAAGCAAAGCCUGUUACCAGGGCAACACAGAAUGUUAGGCAAGGGCAGCCAGCUCGUGCUGGACCAGCAGGAAGGGGAGGAUCUGUGGCACAAGGGCAGGGAGCUGCCAAAGCACCAGAGCAGCCCAGUGUGCCUGAGAUGAAGAAAGAGUGUCCAGCUGCACAGUCAAGCACCACUCCAGAGGACCCAGAUGAAGAUGAGGAGACACGUCAGUACAGACUGAAGAUUGAGGAACAGAAGCGUCUGCGAGAGGAGAUCCUCAAGCGCAAGGAGCAGCGCAGGCAGAUGCAGGCUGGGAUGCGUAAAAAAGAACUGAUGGAACGGAUCAGCGGCCAGAACCCAAACCAGACUCCACAAACUCAUAUCCCCACACCCAACCCAACCCCAGCAGCCCAACCCCCACAGCCGGUCCCCUCACUGAUCUCUAACGGGACCCCCCAGAACCCUUUGACAGGUCUAAGUUCCCCUCGCCCAAACGUGAAGGCCCGUCUACAGAACACUAAACCUCUGGCACAGACUUCAGGCUGGUCUGGGCCACAGAAGCAACAGAGCGCUGGUCCUGAUGCCAGCCAGCAGGGCCAAUGGCAACCGCAGCAGAAGAUUACCAUGACCCCACAAAACACUCAAAGACAAGCUGCUGCUCAGACCAGCCCAUUAGAAGGGCCAUUGGGUCAGCCUCAACCUGGAGGAAAGAGAACAGUGAUGCAAAGAGCGAGCAGCAUCGAAUCUCCUCAGGUUCCACAGAAAGUGCGUGUAGUUAAGCAUCUGGGAGAGCAGGCAGAUGCCGGUCCCAACACUGGUCCCCCACAGCAGCAGCAACAACCAAUCGGUCGGCCUGCCCCCCAACAGAGACUUGGUCCCAUCAGAAAAGUUACCAUGGCAACUGGUGGUGUACAAAAUCAACAACAGGCUGGCCGUGGCAUGGCAAACCAAACGAACCGGGUGGUAGUUCGGGGUCGGGCGCGAGGCCGUGGUGGGGGGCGUGUGAUGAUGCAGCAGAACCCAAGAGCUCAGGAUUGUCAGAGAAGCACUGUUUGCAUUGAUGGUUUGUCCAGCACCACAACCAACAAACAGCUCAUGAACCUUCUCAACUCCAUUGGCCCUGUUGAGAAGUUUACAAUGUUGCCGGAGCAGCGGAAGGCCAUUGCCAAGUUUGUGAACCCUCAGCAUGCAGCAAGUUUUCAGCACAGCUUUCACAGGCACAUGAUAGAUUUGUCUCACAUCGAUGUUUCCAUUAUUGAUGGCUGAGGAACAAGCCAGUUCAACAACAGACAAGACGACGAGAAGUGAGCAAGAAGAGAAGGUCUUUUUCUGAGGAGGCUAAAGCUUUGGAAGCAGUGUGGAGAGUGCUGUCGACAAACUCAAGUCACAUGCAUGAAAGAAUCAAAAACAAUGAGCCAAACACCAGCUGUGUCCUACUGGAAAUGGCACAGCACCGAUCUCACAUUGUCAAGGACUUUGGCAUGAAGUCUUGCUCUUGUUUCUGUACUUUCAUUUAUAUGUGGACGGAUCAGUAAUGGUCUGAACCAGCAGGUGAAAAGAGAGAAAAAGGUAUGAAACCAGGACAUUUUUCUGCCAGUUGAUAAUAGUUGCUCUCAAGAUAAUCUUUUGAAUGUCUGUUUUUGGUCAAAUAGGAAUUCUUGAUUUACUGUGGAACGACUUGAAGAAAGUUUUAAAGGGGUGGUUUGGCCUGAUUGAAUAAUGAAGCGUAUGCUGCAGUAGGUUUUGUCACCUGUAGAGGGCAGCAGAUGUCUUUGGUAUGUUGGGGCAUAGCUGUGAACAUCAGAGCGAAAAGCACUGUGUGAUCAGGGGCAUAUUUGGGUUGAGCUUUUUUCUAGUUGCGUAUCUUUUAGAAGCCACUGUAAUAAUGCAGGUGUCUCUUUUUGUGCAUUUGUCUACGACUAUUCAUGAUCUUAAGUUUAUUCAAGGUCCCUUUCUCCAUUAUGAUUGUAUCGCAGUUGGGUUUUGUUCUGCAGAGCUGGAGUGAUGGAUGGUGCACGACCUAAAGACAGCUGAAAAACUAUUUGACAAUAAAUGGCUUUUAUAUUUUGAUUUUAGGUUUUGGUGCUGGAGCUGCAUAUUUAGAUUAUUUUAAACGUCGUUAGAAAUGGCUUCUAAGAAAGUAUUAAAGGCAACCAGAAAGUCCCCUCCUUUGGUAAUACUCCUUUUUAAUGCGUUUAGUUUUCGUUCCUCAGAGUUCAGCACAUGUUGUGUGUGGAAGAGGAUCGCUGAGUCUUGGCCUGUGUGAUGAUUCCAUAGGAUUUUAUUGUAUGCUUACAAGAUGCGGGAUGUCUAGAGCACUAGAUGAGUUUGAACUGUCCUGAUGUUAUUUGUUUGUGAAGAUACUGUUUGUAUUAAUAUGCUAAUAACUUUGGCUCAGUUAAUUGUUUUGAAGUUUGUCAGAUGGGAAUACAGGUUACUGAAUCUGAAUUGUGAGUUGUUAGGGAUAAGGAUUGGUCAAGAUCAGCUUCUAAUAUCCGUUAUCUCCAUUUUCCACUUUAUUUUUCCAUUUAUUUAGGAAGUUGUUACCCAAGCUUUAGAUUUUUGGAUAUUUUUUUUUUUUUUAAGUCUCCAGUGAAUAUAUUACACUCCCUCAAAAUGAUUUCAUGGCUUCAAUCAUGAGUUUUUCAUGCCUCAAUUUGUUAUUAUAUCAUAAUAAUAAUAGUAGUUUGUGGUACUGUGCAAGCAUAGUGCUUGUUCAUGUCUAAUUAUACAACUUAACCUAAACCUUUACGUUACUGCCCCAGAACUGAUCUUAGAUCUAGUGCAUUACAGUUUUCUUAUUUGUGACUGUUAAUUAAAUCCAACCACUUUACAUUAUAAAACAACAGGUCUUGUUAUAGUAUCUAAAAUAUAGCAAUUUUAGAUAACAGUAUAACAAAAUCAAAUUAUGUUUGAGCCAUUUCAGUAGAAUAAAAUAUGUCUGUAGUUAUUAAAACAUCCAGGUCUGCAAUUUCAAAGGAUUUGGGAGCAACUGUUAUCAGUGGUCACUUUCUUGUAUAUAAUGAAAAAAGAAAAAAAAAAAAUGUGUAUGAAGCUGUCAAAUCUGUUGUUUUCUCUUCUUGAAAUCUCUCCGUGUUUGAAAUGGUUUGAAAAUACCUACUAGUACGUGACUGGUGAAUUUCUUUUCUCAGUUUGUUUUUAUAUAUCAAUAUAAAAAGUAUUCCUUGGUCAUUUUACAACAAUUUUGUUAUUGGAGAACUUAGAGCUUAUUAUUUGAGGAUAUUUUAAAGAUGAAAAAUAAAAGAUGGUCACAUAUAUACCAUGUAAAUACGGUUAUGUGAAGCCAGCUGUCUUUAUCACCAUUAACUGUUGUCUGAUGUUGUUUUGUGUUUGCAUAUUAUUCUGAACACAUUUCCUCCAUCCUCCUGAAUGUUUCUCUGUUGCCAGCCGUACAAACUGAUUUUGUUUCCAAUUAAGGUGCCACAGUUUCUCUCAAUUCAGGUGAAUUGAAACAUCUGAGAUGUUUUGUGUGUUCUGGUUCUAAUGCUCAGUGUGUCCAAGACUUUGGGCCAUUAUGUCUAUGAAGUUCAUUUGUAAAGCUGCUACCCUUCAGCACCCUCUUGUUUUAAGAUGCACUUGUAAUUUGCUGAUAUGUCAUCUUCUAUUAUAAUAUAGUAGUUGGGUGUGGUUGAUCACAGUACCUUAUUUGUCCAUAUGUUUGUAUUAAUAAUUUGCUCCAUGAGUUUCUAGGAAUCACUGAAAUACAUAUAAUGGGUAAGCUUAUAAAUAAUGUUAUAAAAUACAUAUUGAGCCACUUAAAAAUAUAAGCUUUUUUAAUUUGUUUUUGUUAACUUUGAGUUUUCUAGACAUGCUCUGUUUAAAAUUGGUAUAGGGCACAGAUUUGUUUUGUUUGUUUUUUUCAGUUGCAGUUGCACACAUUUAUUUAUUUAUUGGUUUGAAUGUAUUUAUGUGAAAAUAGUUAAUCCUAUGGAUUUCAAAUGUUUUAUCAAGUCUGAGAGACUUAAAAAAAAAUCUUGGUAUAAAUCUUAUAAGACACAUAUUAUUUAUAAAGAGCCUUGUAAGAGAGAAAAACUGAUUCAUAUUGAAUCUUUUAGUAACUUCUUUGUAAGUGUAGAUUAACUUUGGGGAAACGGUCCCUUUCUGAUCUGUAAUCACACAUGUGACAAAUUUAAGUUUUCAGAGAUGUCUGUUUUUGGCUGUAUAGCUGUAUAGUCCAAAAUAAUGGAAGAGGUAUUAUGUGAUAGAAUCAAGAGUAGGCUAAAGGUUUACUUUUUUGUUGGGUCUUGUUUUGUUUCUUUAUUUCUGUCAACACUCCCAGUCUUUUAUUUUUUUUAACCACGGAUCCUGCUGCAGUAGAGCUAUUGGCCAGUUUAUUAAAACACCAGUAUUGCCUAUUGCUUCAGAAUUAAUUACCUUUAUUUCUCAUAAUGGUAGAUGUGGCAUUCUCUCCCCAUCCCCCCAUUAAUUACAUUUGUUGAGACUUUUAAAUUCUGGUGCUUGUUUUGUAUAAUCCUUUUGCCUGUUUUUACUCACUAUUUUAAGCGUCAAACACGAUGCGCUGCUUCCAGUUGGCAGCAGUAUGAUUAUUUGUAACUUGUAAUUAAACCAUUUUUUCUCUUUUUCAGGACAGAGCUUCCAGGAGCACAGAAAGGAGGGUUUUUCAUAAAACAAAUGCUCUGCACACUUUUUCAUUCUAAAAUGGCAUUGGUUUUCAAAAGGACUAUUUAGAAAUGUACAGACUGUGUUGAAACUCUACAAAGGAACUUGUGCAGUAUCAGAUUGCUUAAAGUAAUACUGGGUGAAGCUGUUUUAUACAUUAGUUCUGGAGUCAUUCUGUGGUGUGAUAGAGAGUUGCAAAGUGAUCAUAGCAUAUGUAUGUUUAAACACCUAUGGCCUGAUGAGAUUGUGUUUUGAGAGUAGUCAUAGGUGCUCACACUAGCAAACAACCAUUGCUGAUAUCACUAAUAACUAGGACAGGACGGUGCUAUAAAAUAUAUUGUGAAGUCUACAGAAUGGCAGGUUGAUUCAGUCUUGCUCGGUGCUCUGUUGAUCUGGUGCAGAAUCAAACCUUAGCUGCUUAGUUUUUGUGACUUGUGUUAGAUUUGUGUCUGUGUCUUAGAUUAGUGUAAUGACUGACGUAGCUCAUACAUCCCCAGACCUGCAUCCAGCUGCAGUUCUCCUGAGCAGCCCAGUGCUGUGUUGAGCUUCUCAGAAACAUGUUCUGAAUAGCUGGAACUUAUUAGGCAGUAUGACUUUGAUCGUUAUUAUAAUGAAAAUUAUUUUAUUGAUUGUUCGAGUGACUUUCAACACUCUUGUGCUUUUGAAAACCACUGCAUAAGCAAAUCAGACGAAAACUGAUGUGAAAAACCCUCCUUUUGGUUUCAGUUGUAAAUAAUGUUGUGUCUGUCUACAGUAGAGCUGCCUCCAGACGAUGCUAACUUGUCUUAUUUCUCAACAGGUGCUCUUCAGUUUAAGUGGUGCCAGAUAUCCCUUCUUUUGUGGUUUCUUUCUCUCUCUCUUUUUCUAUUUGUUGAGUUUCAUUCUCUCUCUCCCUUUCUCUUUCACUCACUCUUUCUUUGCUCUUUUGGAGGCUGGAUGGGAAAGCGGUUGUUGAUCUCAAUGUGGUGUUUGUGUGAACAUAAUCCUUCUGUAUUAAAGCAGGGGGACCUUGCUUCUGGAUUUCCUUACUGUAUUAGCCCACGUCCGUGGAAGUUUUGCGUCUCUGGGACCACACCCUACUGAGUUCCAAAGUUCAAAAACUUGCACAAAGCCCAAGAAUGAUCUGUACACUCUUGCCAGCUGUACACACAUGUUGUGUUGCUGAACGAAAAGAAAACAUUACUUGGAAAUCAUUAUUGUUUGGGGGAAGUGAUUUAUGCUGUGUUGAUCACCGUUUUGUUGUCCCUCCAUCUUGUAUUAAUGAAUGAAUGUUUUGAAGUGUCUGAAAUGUGUACACCAGACUGUCCUACAUGUUGAAUUAGGAAGAAUAUAAAUGGUGUUUGUUUAGUAAGCUUUCACUGAGCUUGUCAAAUGAAAACCGAUAAUAUGCCUUGACUGUACUUGUUAUGAAUAAUUGCUUGAAAUAAAUCCUUUUCCUGGAUUUGA